UUUAUUCAUGUCAGUGUAGAUAAAGGUAGCCCCUUUUCUGUUUUUGAGAAGAUUUUGAUGAUAGAGUUUGGAUUUUUAUUGUUGAGAAUGGAUUGGAAAGUUCAGAUCUCUAUGUUUUGAUGUAGUCUGUUCUUGAAGUAUCUUGUUUCUGCAUUUUUGUUAGUGGGGUUUGUAGUUUUUCUUAUCUUUGUUGUUUGUGUGGUGGUGGGGUUGGGGGUUGAUUGUUGUGUAUGGUCUUUCUUAUAUGGACUUGAGCAAUGCUGUGAUUGUGCUAGUUUUUGUGAUUGAGUUAGGCUUAGGUGUCGUAUCUUUACGGAUUCCGUCGUACUUUGUUGGGAUUGGUAAAUUCUUGAAGAUAUUAGUAGAAGUUAUAGAGAAUGAUAAGAUUGGUUAUGUAGGACUAAUGAAGAUUAUAGUUUCUAUCAUCAACCUGUAAAAGUGGCUGGUUUUGGAUAUAGUUUAACUCUCUUUUGAAGUUGUAGGGACAAAAGGUUUUUCCUUUCUGGUUUGGGUAGCAAGGACUAAAAAAGUCACCAGAAUACUGUUUCUAUCAUGAUCCUGAAUAUCUUUCUUCAAGUCUGCAGCUCAGGGGUUUUUUCUUGAAAAUUACCUAAAACAUAUGCUUUUGACUAUUCAACAGUGUCGCCGCAUCCGUUUCAGAUCCUUAAAAGUAAAUUACUUUUGGAGGAUCCGACAAAUCAUAGAACUAGUCUCUCUUAUACUUCUUGUUAAGUUAUGAUCCUCAAUUGAUCCAAUUUUUGGGAUCUUACAUAGGAGGCAGGGCACUUACUAUUGAAAUUUUUGAAGGAGAGAUUGAAAAAUCGGAUAGGCCUUACAAUUGAGAUUUUGAAGGAGAGACGAAAAUCAAUUACGAGAACUUGAUUGUUAUAAUGAAAUGUGGUUAUAAAGAGGUCUAACUGUAGUUUUCAUUUCCGAUAGCAUCGAUCAGGUUAACCUUAUUUUGGGUAUCUGUGGACAACAAAAGAUAUAUUUUUUAUGACUCAAUUCUGUGGUUUUCCAUAGUUAAUGCUGUACCACUUUGCUCUCAUGACUUAUUGGUGUACUUACUUUGAUAAUGAAGCCUUAUCUUAAGGUGGUUUACCUAUUAAAUAUGAAUUGACUUGUGAGUUGGAUAGGAUGAUCAGAGACACAUAUUUUUAUUAAAUGCCUUAGGUUUAUCCAUUUAUUUACUAUCUAGGCAUCAAUUUCAUAUAGUUGUUCUUAUCCUUGGAGAAACUGAUUUGUACUUGUAUAAUGUUAGACUUUUGUGAUAGCUGUUGGAUAUUGGCUUUUGGGAAAAACCAAUAGGCAUUAGAAGCUAACUUUGUUACAUCAACAAGCAGGAUAUGGCCUUAGAACAGCUGGACACUACCUUUAACAAACACGAUACUCCAUUAGGGAAAUGGAAGACGAUGAACGAUGAAGUUGAAGAGAAUAUUUCCAGUGGUUUUGAAUGUAACAUAUGCUUGGAUCUCGUCCACGACCCUGUGGUAACUUUAUGUGGUCACCUCUACUGUUGGCCUUGCAUCUACAAAUGGAUUCAUUUCCAGAGUGUUCCCUCAGAAAAUUUGGAUCAGCAGCAACCACAGUGCCCUGUAUGCAAGGCUGAAGUUUCACAAAAAACUUUGAUUCCACUCUAUGGACGCGGUGGCCAAUCUACCAAACCAUCCGAAGGAAAGGCUCCGAAUCUUGGUAUAGUGAUCCCACAAAGACCUCCUAGUCCAAGAUGCGGCGGUCACUUGCUGAUACCAACUACCGAUUCAAGUCCAUCCCAUCUACUUCAACGACGAAAUCAUCAACAACAGUCUCAAACACGUCAAUCGCCUUAUCAACAAAGCGCCUCACCAGGCACCACAGUUGAUAUGUUACAACCCUCCAUGAUUGGACAAGUGGCCUAUGCAAGAAUCUUUGGUAACUCAUCAACAACUCUGUAUGCAUACCCAAACUCUUACAAUCUAGCCAUCAGCAGUAGUCCAAGAAUGAGAAGGCAAUUAUCACAGGCUGAUAGAUCACUUGGGAGAAUAUGUUUUUUCCUAUUUUGUUGCUUUGUGACAUGUCUAAUCUUGUUUUGAACACUUUGUCUGUUGCUUCUACUUUGUAAAAAAGAAGAUAUGAUGUUGUAGUAGAUAAGAAAAUGUACAGCCUCAGCUAAAUGUGUACUAAAAAUCAUAGAAGCAUUUGCUUUCUUUGAUUGUUGAUAAAACACACUUGGAAUUUGAGUGCUUGAAGACUGAACCCUUUUUUGAUGUAUUAAUCUAAGAAAUGAGGUUGGAAACUCUAUCCAUUAUUGUG